AUGCAGUUCUCUACCCUCCUCACCGUCUUCGCUUCCGUUGCCGCCGUCAGCGCCAUCGCCGCCCCCAAGCCUCUGACCCCGGCCCAGUGCGCUGCCAACAACCUGAAGCACUGCAACAACUCCAACGAGCCCUGCCCCAUCGGCUGCUUCUGCCCCGGCGGAAACCUGCCUGACGGAGGCUGCUGCGCCGGCAGCUGCUAA